UUAUUUCGAAUUCCUUUACGUUAAAUUAUAGUUACAACGACGUUCGCUUAAUGUGACGCUACUGCCAAUGGGGAGAAAUAUCCUCUAUAUUAUAGUAACAUAGUACUACAUAGUUACAGCAAAAUUGCACAUUAGCAGUUCUGAAAACAUUUGUUUUGUUCAAAUCUACCCCCCUUCGACUAUUUCAUUGUGUAUUUUUUUAAUAAUAUGAGUAAAGAAUCACAAAUGAGGGCUGCUAUUAACCAGAAGUUAAUUGAGAUGGGUGAGAGAGAGAGGUUAAAGGAGUUACUACGAGCCAAGCUCAUCGAGUGUGGCUGGAGAGAUCAGCUUAAAGCACUCUGCAAAGAGGUAAUCAAAGAGAAAGGUAUUGAGAAUGUUACAGUAGAGGACUUGGUUGCUGGAGUUACCCCUAAAGGAAGAGCCCUGGUGCCUGACAGUGUAAAGAAGGAGCUACUACAAAGAAUAAGAGCCUUCCUUGCCCAGCACUCUACAUGAUGCUCAGUAUAUCUGAUUAUGCUCUGAGAGUAUCUGUCAUUUUUUAAAUCAGUCUUUGCCAGUAGCAAUGCAGAAUGCUAUAAAUUAGUUGAACUGUUUAA